AUGAGGUUGAGACAAGGUAAUGGAGGAGGUGCGCCGCCUGCUGGUAGUGAACGGCAGCCUCCGGUGCUUGUUGGUAGUGAACGGCCGCCUCCGUUGCUUGUUGGUAGUGAACGGCCGCCUCUGUUGCUUGUUGGUAGUCAACCGCCGCCUCCGGUGCUUGUUGGUAGUCAACCGCCGCCUCCGGUGCUUGUCGGUAGUCAACCGCCGCCUCUGUUGCUUGUCGGUAGUCAACCGCCGCCUCCGCUGCUUGUCGGACAGGAAGAUUACAACAGAUUGAGACAUCUGAGUUAUCGUGGUGCAGAUGUUUUUAUACUCGCGUCACUAAUUAGCAAGGCCAGCUAUGAAAAUAUCUCUAAAAAGUGGAUUCCUGAAUUGAGCCAUUACGCACCCGGAGUUCCAAUAAUCCUUGUUGGAACAAAGCUAGAUCUUCAUGAUGAUAAGCAGUUUUUAACGGACCAUCCCGGUGCAGUUCCAAUUACAACGGCUCAGGGAGAGGAGUUGAGGAAGCUAAUCGGUGCUCCUGCUUACAUUGAGUGUAGCUCAAAAACACAGCAGAAUGUGAAGGCUGUUUUUGAUGCAGCCAUUAGUGUGGUUCUGCAGCCACCAAAGCAAAAGAAGAAAAAGAAGCGAAAGGGUCAAAAGGGGUGCUACAUAUUGUGAUUUUGGCCUCAAAAAAGUGAAAAAUCUAGCAUGAGGUGCUAAUUACCUUUCUAAAGUAUUUGAUAAAUUGCUCACUUUUGCUUUUUUCUGUCUCAUGAAAACAAGUUGUGUUGUGCUGAAUAUGAAAUAGACUGGAGGUGUUUGUAAGCUCAUAUGUAUAUUGUUGAGGGUAUUUUUGGUAUUUGUAGUUUGCUCUGUUUGGGUUGAAAUUAAUUUGGUGUGGUUUUUGUAACC